GACCCUAGCACUGCAUUAGAGUCUGAUCUGAACUCUUCUCUCUUCUUUCUUACUCCCUGAAAAAAAUCUUAAAGACAAAAAAGUUUUGUUUUUAAUUCUGAUUUCGACUAAACAAACUAAAUAUGCAUGAUUUACAAAAGUUCGAAGAAAAUGCGAAAGCUACUGCUACAAAACAUGUAAUUAAUAUGUUGCAACGUCCUGGUCAAUUAGAGAAGGUAGAGCAGUACAAACGUAGGAUUGGUAGAAAAAAAGCUAGCGUUGAAACUAUGUUAAAAACUGCUAUGCAAAGUCAACUAGAUGGUGUAAAAGUUGGGUUUGAUCAAUUACAGAAUUCAUUAGUAAGCAUAAAAACAAUCAAAAGUGAAUUAGAUUACAUUGGAAAGUUAUUUGAAUUAGUACCUUCUCUAAAUACAACAUUACAUUUAGUACAAUAUGAAAAUAUUCGACAUUCUCAAUAUGUUACUGCUAAAGAAAAUUUAAAACAUAUUUUUACAGUCCCUGAAAGUGUUGAACGGACAAAGCAAUGGAUUAAUGAAAGUAAAUUGUUACAUGCUCACCAAAGUCUAAUGGAUCUUGAAAGUUCUCGCGAUGAUUUAUUAUAUGAAUUACAUAAGCUCCCAAAUGAAAAACCUGCUGAUAAGGUUAUGUUGAAAGCAUACUUUGAAGAUCUUGAAGAUCUUUCUCAAAGAAUGGAAAAACAAAUAAGAUUAAUUUUAAGUAGAACUUUAAAUACAGUUCGCAAAGAACCUACUAUAAUUGUAACUGUAUUAAGAAUCAUUGAACGAGAAGAAAAAGCUGAUCACUAUGCUUUACAAAAAUUCAAACAAAGCGGAUUUAUGCCUCCUGGGAGGCCAAAACACUGGAAAGAUGUUGCUCUAAGAGUUUUAGAGAAAUCAGUUUCUAAUAGAAUUGAAGGUACUCAUGUUGACCAAAGAACUGAUAAUAAAAUGUGGUUAGUUCGAUACCUUGAAUUAACAAGACUUCUCUUUUUAGAAGAUUUGAGAGUUGUAAAAACUCUGUGUGUACCUUGCUUUCCACCAUCAUAUGAUAUUGCUAACAAAUUUGUUAAAAUGUAUCAUUUAGGUUUAUCUCAACAUCUAAAAGAUAUUGUUAAUGAUGGUUUGGAAGGAAAUGAGUAUGUUUCUUUGCUUUCUUGGAUAAUGAAUACGUAUGGAGGACCUGAAAUGAUGGGUCAUCCAGAAUUGAAUAUCAAUUCUAAAGAAAUCGGCUCACUUUUAGACAGUGAAAUUAUAAAUGAACUGCAGCAAAAAUAUUUGAAAAAUAUGUCACGAAACUACGAAGAUUGGAUGAGAAAAACUUUGGAAACUGAAAAAAUAGAUUGGUGGAGCAAAGUAAUGCCAGAAGCUGGUAUACAUGAAUCUUAUUAUCAUACUGCAGCUCCAGUAAUUAUUUUUCAAAUGAUAAGUCAAAAUUUGCAAGUGACAAAAACUAUUAGUACUGAUUUAACUUUAAAAGCUUUUAAUCUUUGUAUUGAACAAGUAAUAAAAUAUGGAUUUAAAUAUCGAAAAGCUAUUUUAGAAUUUAAAAAUAAACAUUUUGAAGAUCGAAGUCAAGUUCCAUAUUUCACUCAUCAUAUGAUUACAAUUGUUAAUAAUUGUUUACAAUUCAUAGAGUUAGCACAUCAAACUAAACAAUUAUAUUGGAUUUUUGAUUCAAAUAAUGAUAUAGUUAUUAAAUUUGAAGAACUUAUUGAGACUUACCAAAAACUUCGCAAUGAAGCUGCAGCAAUAUUAUUAGAAGAAUCAUUUUUAGAUUUAGAAUCACAUUUUAAUGAUUUGCUAACACCUAAAUGGCUUUCAUCUCCAAUACCAAUAGAAACUAUUUGUGUUACCUUGGAAGAUUAUUUUCAAGAUUAUAAUCAUUUGUCGCCUAAAAAUUUUGAUUAUAUCAUAUCAGAGGCACAAAAUUUGAUUGCUAAGAGGUACAUUUCAGCUAUGUUGCAACGUAAGAUAUCAUUAAAAAGUUAUGAUGAAUGUCUAACAUGCACAUCAAAAAUAAUCAUUGAAGCAGAUAAAUUAAAAUCUUUUUUUUAUAAAAUUGCACCUAAAAUUGAAUUAGAAUCUCCAUUUGAAAUAAUUAAACGACUAGCUGAGGUUCUUCGGUGCGAAGAUCCUGAAAUUCUUUCAUUAGAUUUGCAUUCGCUGGUGGAAAAAUAUCCUGACAUAACUGAUGAUCAAUUAGUUAGAUUACUUGGUCUUCGAGGUGAUAUUCCAAGAAGUGAGGCAAAAGAAAAAGUAGUUUAUAUACUUGAGGCUCAACGUAAUAGAAAAACAUUAAAAUCAGACACAAAUUCUAUUUUUAGACAAAUUAUUAUUCAAGAUAGUUUUUUGAAUUGGAAGCCUUAAUUUAGUAAAUAGAAAAAAAAUGAUGCAUAUAUAUUUAAAUACAAGUUUGAGCCAUACAAUUAUUUGACUAUUGUGAAAUAAACUGAAUAUUUUGAACCAACGUUGUAGUAAUACAUUUUUUUAUGUUUCUUAAAUUUUUUAUGCAGCUAUUGACUCUAUCUGAUGUUUCUUUUUUAAGAUGAUAAUAGUAACAAUACAUAGGAAGGCAUACUAAAAUGUAAAAAAUUGUAAGGAAAUGUAAUAUUUCGUAAAUAAAUACUAUAUUUGGUUAAUUUUAUUAUACUUGCUGUACUAGGUAUAAUGCUCUUCAGCACAUUCAUUAGUCAUUAACAAAUAGCAUUCUCAUAAUACGUGUAUAUAAAAUUAAUAUAUUACUAUACGCGUGUGACCUAAGUAGCACUUUUUUGCACGGCGUGAGGUUAGGGCCCGAGCGUAGCGAGGGUUCUAAUUAAGCCGUACAGAAGUAUUACUUAGGUCACGACCCGUAUGGAAAUUUUGAACAGUAUUAUAACGCAAAUCACCGUACGAUUAUGAUACAUUUCGGUACAUUACUGUAGAAUUGUGUACGUUGACAUACAUUCGCGUAAUUCGCGUACGUUUUGGGUGGAAUUCGAACAUUUAAUACAGCAUUAUAUGUAAUCGUACGCGAACGUACGCAAACGUACACCAACGUAUGUGACUGUACGAAAUAUUGCUGGAAUAUACUCAUUUAUACGAAAAUGUACAGCUUUAUACAUUUCAGAGAUAAAACAAUUUUUAUACGUAAAAUUUGACGGUUCUAAAAAAUAGUCGCUUGUGCAUAAGCGUGCGUAAACGUACGAGACGUACGCGAACGUACGGAAACUACGCCAAUGAACGCAAAUGUAUGCGAACGUACACAAUUGUACAGAAAAUUAAUAUUUCUUAUUAUUAUAAAAUUAAUAUUAUAUAUAUCAUGUUAAAUGUUUUAUGUAAAAUAUUCAUUUAUUUAUUAAUUAAAUCUUUAGUUAGUUUACAUAUUUAGUAAUCAUUGCUUUGUUAAAGGAACUUAUAAAUAGAUCGUUUUUUAUUUUCAUUAAAAUACCUGGUUGAUGCCCUGUUAAAAAUAUUCACACCAAAUUUACAUAAAAUUUUAUGUAAUAACUUUUACGUGUACAAUUUUACACAAAUCAAUUAAAUUGUAAAACUUUAUGUAAAAUUUUACAUAAAAUUGUACGUAAAGAUCAGUAUGUAAAAUUGUAUGUGAAAUAUUACGUAAAGUUUUACAAUUUUAUUUGUGCAUGUGACAUUUUAUAUGUGAUAGUUUAAAAUCUUACAUAAAAUUUUAUGUAAUAUUUGAUGUAAAUAUAUUUUGACAGGGUGUAUAUCAUAAAAGUUAUAACAUUUAAAUCAUUUCUUUGUGGUAACAAUGUUUUAAAUGUUUAACACAUACAUCAGCAUUUUCAACUAGAUAAGUGUCUUGAAUUUCUAUUUUAUUAAAAAAUAUAAACAUAUUAAUUGUAUCACUAUACUUUAUUUUACAAAUCUUUUUAAUUAUACCAAAAUAACCAUCAUUUGUUCGAAAGACUGAAUCAUUGGUUUUUUUCGAUUGAUUGUAUGUACAAGAAGUGUAUCGACAUCCAUUGAGAAUAAUUUUGCAAUACAUUGUACCUAUACUUAUUUUUUGAGACAUUAAAGAAACUCCUUAAAUACAACAAUUCUAA